AUGACGGUUGAUACAGCCGUACCAGACAGUAAAAAGAGCUUAUCCAUUGUUACCAAACGAGAUCGUCGUGAUGUAAUUCGACAAGUUCGAGAAAUUACCGGACAUGAUGAUAAUUAUAUUAAUCAAACAAUAGAAGCAUGUAAAGAUCCCGAUACAGGAAGAUAUUCACUUGAACAGGUUAUUAAUUUACUUUUCGAUGACAAUAGUUUACGGAACAAUCUGCAACGGUCACAGAAUAAUAAUGUGCCAGUAUUAGCACUGCAAAAUAAUACUGGAAGCGGUGCAGCUGUUUCACCAAACGAUAGAAGUUUAUCACCCAGCCUCAAAGAGCGUUUGUCUGAUCCUAUUACUGAUGAUGUUAUUGAGUUGUCGCCUGCUGAUGGCACACAGCAAGACGAUGAACUUGAACGAGCAUUACAACUAUCACGUGAUGCAAUGGAGCAAAUUAUUGAUGAAUCGGAUGUCACAGAAAGAACAAAAGGUGAACCAGCUGGUUUAAAAAAUGUUGGCAAUACAUGCUGGUUUAACUCAGUUGUACAGACAUUAUACACUUUACCAUAUUUUCGACGAUUAAUACUCAGCUUUCAGUGGCAAAAUCAAUUUUCUAAUGAUGAUGAAUUACAAGCAAUUGGAUUUACAGAAGAAUUACGAAAUUUAUUCACAUUAAUGCUUAAGUCUCCAAGACGUUCAAUAAAUCCUGAUCGUGCAAUAAAAAAAUUUAAAGGAACAAGAAAAUUAUGUCGUGUAGAUUUUUCUCAUGAGGAUUGUUCUGAGUUCGCAACAUUAUUGAUUGACCUCAUUGAAUUAGCAUUUGAAGCAACUAGUAAAAGUAAUAGUCAGUUGAUAACCGAUAAUAGUAAUCAAGAAUAUGUCAAUCCAAUUAAUGCACUUGUUACUGGUGAAGUUAUUGUUGAGCGUACGGAACCGAAAAACGAUGUUAAACAACGAACAGAAGCACUUCGUCAAAUUAACAUUCAGAUGACUGAUUCAGUAAACUUAUAUGACGGUCUGGAAGUUUUAUGGCUCGGUUCAGCGGAUGAAACAUUAAUUCGUUCUACCCAAGAUACACAAGCAAUCAACGAACAACGUUGGUUAACAUGUGUACCGCCAAUCUUAUUCAUAUGCUUGAAUCGUUAUCGUUUUUCUCAAACAACAAAACAAGCAUCAAAAAUUAUAGCCCCAUUUGAAUUUUAUCCAGAAUUAUAUAUUGAUAGAUAUUUGCAUAGUAAUAAAGAUUUAGUAUUAGCCAAACGAGAUGCAGCGAAAGCGCUCUAUGCACAAUUAAGAGAAUAUGAAAAUACUUUAAAUAAUUAUAUGAAAUAUCCGUGUAAUGAUGAAGCAUUUUCGUUAGCGAAUGCAAUACGGGUGGUUUAUGAAUUUGCAACUGGAUGCCGGUUGAAUCCUUUACCACCAAAAAGAGCUGAUUCAUUAUCAUUGGACUCUACUUCACACUCAUGUUCGCCAACAGCAGCAUCAUUAUCAUCAUCUUCACUUCCUACUCGAUCAAGACAAAUAAAUACAAUUCGUCCAUCUCAAAUUUCAGACGAUGAAUUGUUGUCUAUACAGAAUACAUUACCAGCGUGGCUGACAGAAAUCGAGGGAAAGUGUGCACAUAUUCGUGAAGAUAUUAGUCGUGUUCAAGCCGAACUAAAACAAUUAUACAAUGAUCCUCAGUUAAAAAAGAAAUGUUACAAAUUACAUGCUGUGUGUGUUCACGAGGGAAGUGCGACACUCGGACAUUUUUGGACAUACGUUUAUCAUCCCGAUCGUGAAAAAUGGUUUCGUUACAAUGAUAAUGAAGUAACGGAGACAACAUGGAAUGAAGUGUAUGAAGCUGGUUUUGGUGCAAAAGCAAACAGUGAUAAAGAAGAGCGUAUUCCAAGCGCAUAUUUACUUGUUUACAUAGACGCUAAUCAGAAAAAAUUGCAUGAAGAUCACUCAGUCGAAUUGAAUCAUGAACUUCAACGUGUACUCGAAGAUGAUAUGCAAUUACUACAACAACAAUUGGAAACAAUCAAAUUAGAACGUUUACAUUCGGAUUUAAAAUUUGCUUGUGAGAAAACAGAUAAACAACGUACACAAAUACCGUUCUUUUCAAGCCCAAAUUCUCCCAACGAGAAAAAUGAAAUGGCAUUUGAACCAGAAAUUGUUAAACCGGUGACAGACGUAACGCUUAAUGUAUUGAAAGUUCAUUGUGAAAAAAUAUUAUCGUGUGAUACUCAGAUACUAUUAAAUGAGGUAUGUGGAAAAGCUGUAGAUAAAGAAAUAAAACGUAAUACGUACACAUCAAAUCAAAUAACAUCAGAGUUACCACAGGUCGAUCGUCGUUUAUCACAUUUUAUCACAUAUCUAACAGCAAAUCGUAUUGAUAAUAUUUAUAAGCAACGUGCAAUGUAUGAUAUUAUUCGUCUGAUACCACAUUCAAACGACGAUAUAAGACUGAAAAUAUUAAAAAUGCAAGCACAAGUUACUGCUAAUGAAAUGCAAAUUACGAAUGAAGAUUUUCAAGAAUAUCAGAAAUUAUUAACAGAUUACAAAGAUUAUCGAUCAGUUAUUGCCGCUUUUCUUGCCGGUUGUCAGUUGAUGAACGAAGACAAAUUUGACGAGGCGAUCACCUAUUUUUGUGUUGCUUGUGAAUAUAAUCUUCGUCUAUCAAAAAAUUGUUCGUUACUUAUGAGAGCGAUGGAUAGUUGUCUUCUAUUUAAAGUUCGACGAUUAUGUUUUGAACGAUGGAAUGCCGUAGUUAUUGAACGUUUUAAAAAUGAUGUAAGUUAUAGACUUGACGCAAUGACACAUCAAUUUUUACCAUGUCUAAUGCAACUGAAACUGAGUUCGGAUGAUGAUCAAGCUUACAUAUCAGAAAUUCAACGACUAUGGUGUCUUUUACUCGAUAAAAUCGAACCACAACGUUUAACGUUAUUAGAAGAAUUUCUCCAACGUCUUCUUGAGCAACCAAUUGGACAACAUUAUCAUUCUGUAUCGAUUAACAAAAACAACUUAUUCAGUCGUUAUGGAGAAGCUGUUCAAUAUUUGUAUAAUAAAUAUCCAACACAUUUUGCAAAAGAGCCAACAGUGGUAGCUGCUUCUUCUAUUUCUCCUGUUGCUACGCCGAUGAUUUCAGAAUCGGUACAACAACAGACAAAUGAUUAUCAACAUCAUUACCAAGUACAGCAACAAUCAUCGCACUCUGAUAGUUUCCCGCAAUCUUUACCAUUUACAAAUACAGAACCAUCUCUUCCAUCACCAUUAAAUGAUUCACGUUCAUCAUCGUCUCGUCCUAAUUCAUCACAUCCUAUUAGCAUAGUUCCAACUUCUCAUCAAACUAGUUCAAUACCAAUUCCCGUUCAAAUUCAACAACCAGUAAAUAAUUCAACACAAUCAUCGGUGGCUCAGUUACACUUUGCUAAUCGACUUCAUCAUCACCAAGAGCAACCAUCAUAUGAUUCAAGGAAUGCACCAGUAUCAUCAUAUCCUCAAAGACCAUUGUCUUCGACAAAACCAGUAACUAAUACUGUAGCGGCAUUAGCCGAAUUUGAUCGUUCAUCGAGUCAUAACUCAAGAAAUGACGGCAGCGUACUAGCAAAAAGUGGCUCUAUUUCGCCAAUGCAGCAAGACGACAUGAAUGAUGAAGAAGAACAGCAACAAUCAGCUGAAGCUGUAGAUAUCUUAGACAGACGACAACGACAAAAUAUGAACCCUUCUCAUCGCACACGUACAGCUCCUUCUCCGUCAUCUUCACCGCCGCAAUCUUAA